AUUCCCACCAUGAUGGGGCUCUGAGAUAUGUUAUUCACUUCGCGUAACCCUAUGGCAAUGUCCUUGAUCUCAACGGUGAAUCGGAAUUGGGACAUGAGGAGAUUGUGUUUGUACUUCAAGAUAAUCGUAUGAACAUAUUAGAGAGUGUACAAUAACUGUUUUUGUGUAAUCAUAUUUUUUUCUCAAAUUAAUUCCAAGAUCCACAUGAUACUUCAAAGCGUUUUCGUUUCGUGUGAGUUGUGAAGUAAAUAAGAAAUCAAAGUAUAUUGGGUCGUGUGUGACCAGUUCAAUGGGUUUCAGUGACCAGUUUAAUGGGCUGCGUCCUUGGUGGAUUUUGGAUACUUGGUUUAACGGGCUUGGUGAUCUGUUCAACAGCGAUCUCUCUAACCAAACAGACCGAGGCCCAAGUAAAAUACACUUGCAAAUGCCAAAUGAUUUUUAACCCUUAAGCAAAAGGAAACCAUUCACAUUUGGACUUCCGACACGCGUCCAAAGAGAGCCAAUGGCACUUAGCCACGUCAGCAACAUUCUAGAACGUGCCCGUUGCCUGUUCCAAAGCAGUACCACCCUUCUACCAACUUCGCCCGACCUGUCAAGUUUCAACGCUCUCCCGCCGCUCUCAUUUCGGGAACUUCAAACGCUGGCCGGCAACCUCCUGACUCGCGCUACUUGACAAUCCAUGGCGGUGCCGGAGCUCGACGAGCAAAGGAUCGAGGAGGUAGAGGAGCUAUCGGAAAAGACGGAGAAGAAGAUAGUGAAGCGAGUGAGGAAGAUACUGGGGAAGGAGAACUUGUAUCAGGUGUCGGAGAGGCAAGUCCGGGAGGAAGCGUCGGAGAAGCUGGGAAUCGACUUGGCGGUGGAGCCGUACAAGUCGGUGGUCAGAAGAGCUGUGCAAGAUUUCCUUGAGAAGCUCAAGAGCCACGGGAUACGCCCCGGAGUCCAAUCCCAUCUGAAAUCGGUCGGCACCAAUUAGAGUUCAUUGGCCAUCUGUUAAUCGCAAAAGGUUAGAGUUUUAUCUUCAAUUGGGAAGUCAUACACCUUGCCUCAAGAGCAAUUUUGCUUCUUAUACUUGGGGAGCUGAAAUCAGGAUGCUCGAUUGUUUGUUGUUGAAUGUUGAUUUAAUUAGGGUUUUAGACUUGUAGCCUUGUAGGGGCAGUUCCUUUGAAGCUUGGAGAUCUGAGGCUGCUUUGGUUCUUGCUUAUUUCAUGUUGUUGCCGUAAUGCUUGCUGUAAACGAGGAUGCAGAGUGUUGAGUGGUCUUUCUGGAGAUGGUUGCUUUGUUGUUCAAACAUUUCGAAUGGGAAAAACCUGGAAUUUGUGCUGCAGUUAGCUACCGAGUGACCACAAUGAAUACUAUGUAGAGACUAAUGGAUGGUUCGAAAAUCAAGUGUUUGUCUCAGCUGGAUUCUGGUGUUGAUAGAUUUUGCAGGUGUAGGUAGUUGAUACCUGAACCUGAUAGCCUAUCAAAAUCUUUGAAAGAUGUUCAUAAUUUCGGAGCAAAUCAUCCAUCAACCAUAAUACCUAGCUCAAGAAUGUGGAAACAAUUUCACGGUGAAAUCGGAUUAUGAGGUUUUGUUUCGUGUCCUUAUAUUAUGACUCGGGUUGCUUGCUACUCAUGCACGAAUUAUUACUAUGAUGGAUAUUCUGAAUUCGACAACGUUUUAUUAAAGUGGAAGUUAAUUC